AAAUAAUGUUUCUUCUCUCUUUUUGUGAUUAAAGUUCGAAUUAGUAUGAUAUAUAUACAUUAUGAUUGCAUGUCAUUACAUAAAUGAAUUUAGCCAAUUAUGAUAUUACGAAAUAUUAGACUGUUGCAUAGGCUAUUGCUAAUAGAGCAUAUCAUUUCGAACGAAAACGAACACCUGACACAGGACGCAUUUUAAACAGCAAUACCAACGCUUAACUUUACAAAAUAACAUUUCCGACUCCUCAAGGCAGUCUUUUGACGUGUUUGUCGACUUGAACUGGUUUUACUUGGCCAGGAAACGAGGGGCGCGAGAGUCGCUAAACGUCUGCUGGGGGAGGGGGUAAAUGAGUGUGUAAUUAGUUAAUUAGAAAGCUGUCGAGGGGUCUGACCUCUUAGGGCAGCUAGAUGAGCCAAUCGGAUCCGGGACAAUAGGCAGGGUGGCAGACUGAAUACAGAAGAGGGCGUUUUUAAGUUGGAGUAGCAGGUAAGGUUGCCUUAAACCUCGAAGAAGAGGAGUUGGAGACAAAACGCGAAAAUCAGCUAGUGGACGGAUAAAUGCGAAGACUAGAGGCAGCAAAUUGCAAAUAAAUGAAUUAGUAAAGGCUAUUCUUAUUUAUAUUGCAUUGUUAUUGUUGGUAUUUUAAAUUGGGCUCGUAUUGUGUAGUAUAGCCUACUGUUUAAUUUUUGAACGUUAUAAUUUUUCAUUUCAUUGAAACGGAGACUUGGUUUAAGACUAACUGCUGCGAGAGAUUAAUAGACGCAGUUGUGAGGGAGGGGGAAAGGUUAUUGGCUUGCAGGUAUGGAAAGCCCUGCGCGAUGUAUGUGACAUUACUGUUAGAUGACAGCCGCGGCUCUCUGAAGUUAGCCUGAAACGCGCUACUUUAUUUGCUUAUUUGACUGUUUGUUUGAAAGCGUGUUUGUCGAGAGAUUGGUUUCUGUGAAAGACAUGUAUGACUCUCCUAUGUGUGAUGUAAAGCACAGUAUUUUGAAAUACAGUUUUUAAAAACAGUUUAACGCUCACUUCACAAGGCACCAAAGUAAAAAAGUGAAGUGAUUUUCGGGAGCUGAGUUAGUUCGUGGCGGAUUUGUAGAAACUGAGAUCCUGGAGACCGUGGUAAUGGAGAAAUCUAAGAACUUCAGAAUCGACGCCCUGCUAGCGGACGAACCUCAUCGAGGGACUCGGGAUGUCUCUCCUGGACUGAGCAGCGACAGUCCCGCCGGGAGUCCGGUGUCUUGCCGGCGCGCAGAGACCCCUUCUCCUCGGGGGACUGCGGGAGCUCUCCAGCUUCAGACCGGAAUCAUACCCAAACCUGGUCUGCUGAACCUCCCGCACCCGGGACUCGCCUCGCUGCAGCAUGGGACGAUCCCCGGCAUGUACCCGGCGUCUAUGUAUCCCAUCUCCGCCCUGGGCGGCCAGCAUCCCGCCUUCACCUACUCCAGCUUCACCCAGCUGAAUCCGGCAUACCCAGAGCACCUGAAAGCCGCAGCUAUGGCUGGGUCCUUCCCCUUGGAGCACUGGAUCCGAGCUGGGAUCAUGGUGCCACGCCUUCCAGACUACAGCACUUCCCCGCAGUCUGGGCUGAUGGGGAAGUGCAGGAGGCCUCGAACUGCCUUCACCAGUCAGCAGCUCCUGGAGCUGGAGAACCAGUUUAAACUCAACAAGUACCUGUCCCGCCCCAAGCGCUUUGAGGUUGCAACUUCCCUGAUGCUGACGGAGACGCAGGUGAAGAUCUGGUUCCAGAACAGGCGGAUGAAGUGGAAGCGCAGCCGCAAGGCGAAGGAGCAGGCCUCCCAGGGGGACGGGGACCGGCAGCGGGGGGGCAAGCUGGCCGACAAGCCGGGAGACGCCAGGAGGGUGGAGCCCGACGAGGACGACCUGGAGGAGGAGGAGGAGGGGGAGGAGGAAGAGGACGUUCGGCGGGAGUUUGCCGUCUCCGCGGGGGGCGCCGCGGGGCUGCCCCGCCCCUCAGAUUUCCUGCAGCACACGGCUGAGCUGAACUACAGCCCCCACAGCCCCUACUCCGAGGACGAGCUGGAGGAGGCCGCGGGGGACCGCAAGAUUGGGGCGGGGUUGUGAAGUGGGCGGGGCUGCGGGGAAAAACUCCUUCAUUUCAUUCAGCCGAAGCAGAGUCAUGUGACAGUGUGAGCUGUUCCUAUAGCAUUUUUCACAAGCUGGUAUGUACUGUACUAAAGACACACACAAGAUUUGUGCUUCCUGUCGUAACCGGUGAGAGACGAGAGGCUGAUAACUGGAAAAAAACAACAACAAAAACUUUUUCCUCCAAUGCAAAUCAGCUCAAAUCCUGAUUGACUCUCUUAAAUGAUGAUAAACCACAAAAUUAUUAAAUGUAUGACCACUAUUACUAUAUCGAUGAGUGCUGGUAAUUUUCAGUAUUUAUCAAAGGCCCAUGCAGUUCCGUCUUACCAUUCCAUAUGUAAAUAUGCACUUGCACACGUAUGUGUAUGUGUCUGUAUAUGUAUACACAAGGGAAGUAGAGAUUCACCACUUACAGUUUCUCCAAAAAAGUUUUAUGUACUUGCAUCUAAAAGAACAGUGUUUUGGCCGAGAUCCCUAGGGAACAAAGCAAUGUGGUUUAAAGUGCAAAUAAGCUAUUGAUUGCCGGAGUAAUGGCUCUAAUCAGGACAUGUGUGUCCUGAGAUAACGUAUCAGAUUUAAUCUAGUGAUACCCUUUUUUCCACUAUUUGUACAAGAUUUUCAUAAUAUGCAGUGGUAGCCUUCAUUUCAGUUUUUUCAAAGCUGAGGACAGCUCUGCAGAGCUGUUUCUUCCAUAAUGGAUUUUGGACGCACUGUGUUGAAAAAAAAAGAAAGUGGAAUGCAAGUACACGGCAGCCCGCUGCAGUUCUGUUUGGCCCAGGAAUUCACUGAUACCAACAAUAACAUGUAUACUACAUUUAAAUGUACUCGAGCCAAAUAUCUUAAUUUCACAGCAUCUGGAAGAUGAGGCAAAUGUGUGUGUGUGUAUAGGACAGAGCAACUCGUAAGAAGACUUUUGUCGCUGGUUGUGUUUCUCGGGAAGCAGAAUAAUUACUCGCACCUGAACUGGAGGACAGCCUCUGCAUACGCCCAUUCUUAAACUUUUCAUCAUGCGUAUUUUAAUAGCUGUGAAAAGGGGGCAUUCACUCUGUGUUGUGUUACUCUGUGUACAUGUGUGGUAAAUGCUGAUAUCUUGGUCUGCAGUAUUGAGAAUGGGUUGCUUAUUCUAUGGUGAGUUUGUGGGUUUUUGAUCAGAAGGUUCUCCUUAAGCUCACACCGCCCAUGAGACUGACUGCCAAUGAGCUGGAACAUCAGCCCACAUUACAUCCGUGACCCUGGAACUUUCCUUUGGGCCGGUAUUAUUAGAUUUUGUUCCCAAGUUUAACUUUUUUGUUUUGGAGUUGUUAUUGUAUAUUGAUGUUAUUUAUCAAUUUUUAAACUUUGUCUAAUUUAUUGGCUUUGAAGUAAGGAAGAAAGAAAAGAAAGGGAAUGAAGAAAACUUGUAUUUAUCUGUUAACUUGUCUGUGUUGGUGUUUGAAAAAGACAAAAAAACAAACCAAAUUUUGGAAGCGGGUGACCUCAUACACAAUGAAUAAAGGUGUUUUGUGGUGUUGACCGUAUUCCUGAC